ACCAAACCCAAACCCUCACAAAUUUCCCUCUUUUCCAUUCACUUGAACGAACCCCCUCUUUCCGCCUGUUUUGUUUCCUCUCUCCUGAAUAAACCCCCUGUUGCCUCCGUCCACGUCUCAAACCCCAAAGAUCCAUUCUUCUUAACACUUGGCACUGCAGUCUUCUACACAAGCCAGCAACAUACACCAUACUUCAUCACUCACUUGUAUGCUCUUCUUCAUGUCCAGUGCCCACAUCUUAUUAAGCUAUGGUAUCUGGGGCUCACCGUAACCAUAAUCACCAAGAAGAUGGGGAUAAGAACCCAGCAGCCAUGUCUAAAGGAGGAGCUUCCAGGUCAUGGGGUACCACCGUUUCUGGUCAAUCUGUCUCCACCAGCGGUAGCGUCGGCUCGCCCUCUAGUCGCAGUGAGCAGGCUGCGGCCACUCCGGCAAGCGAAAUGACGUUCCUUCAAUUGAAUCAUCUUGAUAUUCAAGCGGAUGAUGCUGAUGCUGGAUCUCAAGGUGCGGUUGGAAAUAAAAAGAAGAAGAGAGGCCAACGUGCAGUUGGAGGUGAUAAGAGUGGCAGAGGACUGCGCCAAUUUAGCAUGAAAGUGUGUGAAAAGGUGGAAAGAAAAGGAAGGACAACAUACAAUGAGGUAGCAGAUGAACUUGUAGCUGAAUUUGCUGAUCCUAGCACUAGUGUAGCAUCUCCAGAUCAGCAACAAUAUGAUGAGAAAAACAUAAGGAGAAGGGUCUAUGAUGCCCUUAAUGUACUUAUGGCAAUGGAUAUCAUAUCUAAGGAUAAAAAAGAGAUACAGUGGAAGGGUCUGCCUCGUACCAGCCUUAAUGAUAUUGAAGAAUUAAAGGCUGAACGUCUUGGACGGAGAAAUAGGAUUGAAAAAAAAGCUGCCUAUUUGCAAGAGCUGGAGGAACAGUAUAUAGGUCUCCAGAAUUUGAUACAACGAAAUGAGCAGUUAUACAGCUCUGGAAAUGCUCCUAGUGGUGGUGUGGCUUUACCUUUUAUUCUAGUGCAGACACGCCCUCAUGCAACUGUUGAGGUGGAAAUAUCUGAAGACAUGCAGCUGGUACAUUUUGACUUUAACAGGUAAGAGAUGAAAACUCUUCCCAUAACUGCCUCGAGUGUUCUAUAUAGUAGACAGUGGAUGCUUAUGUGAUUGCUCUGCAGUCACCACUGGGAAAAGACAUUGCCGUGUCCCUUCUUAAUGCUGAUGGGGAACAGCAAACAAGAGAGGCCGGAGGGCUAGGAAGUUCGGUUUUUGAAUGGUUGAGUGCAAUUAAUUGCAAUAGGACAAAAUGCUUGAUACAUGUUUUUGGCCAUUGCUAACAUUUUUCGUCUUGGCUGGUAUUCUAUAUUGCAGUACACCAUUUGAGCUCCACGAUGACAAUUACGUUUUGAAGCAAAUGAAGUUUAGUGAGAGACCCCAAAGUGCUGAAAUGGCACCUAAUGGUGAAGGAUCAAGCAUGGCAGAAAUGUACCAACAGCAGACCCACGCUCCCCCGAUGUCAAACACAGCAAGCAGGGCUCCAACCUCACCACCUCUUCCUGGAAUACUGAAAGCACGUGUCAAACAUGAGCACUAAUACUCAGAUUUCAUGCUGAGUACCAUGGGCAAUAACCCUUUUUAUCUGUACAUUGUGUAAAGUAAUUUGGCAGAAGUGGUUCAGGCCCAUUUCCCCCCACAUUUAACGCUCCAAGGUUAGGUUAGGUCGUUUGCUUCAAGACUCUCCAAGGGUUGCUGAUUCUGGCAAGUCCCCAGUUUUACAUCAUCAUUUGCUAUUGUAACUUGUUUUAUCGUAUCGUUGCCGGUUAUUUUGCCCCACAUUGUAAUAGUAGAAACGAGUUAAUUUUGUGUCAGGCUGUAGAGAUUGUUCAGUCUUAGUUCAGCUGCAUACGAACAAUGAUAGAAUUAAUUCAAGAAUGGGACAUUCACUGUAUUGUUCAUUACGUUAAUUUUAUUGCAAAAUUAACACCAAUGGUUGGA